AUGUCUGGCAAUCGCGACCUGCGUCUAUUUCGGCGUGUCCUAUAUUGGCUGGGCAUGAUGUGUGCCCAAUUCGAUGAUAGAGAUUGUCUGCUACAGUCAACACCCAGCAGUAAGCGCUAUGCGCUUUUUUAUAUGCUGGCCAUACUGGCCGCAGCACUGGGUUGCUUUGCGUUUGCCUAUCUGAGGCCGCAAGAUCUGUACAUGGGAGUAUACAACGAGACGGGCAACUUCUAUGAGACAAUCAAUAUACGCGGUUUUUGUGUAGGACUCUGGAUAGUUCAUAUAUGCCUCUACAUAAGACGUCGACGUCAUAUAGAGUUGGUCCAGAAACUACUCCAGCUGAAUCGGUUGUGCUCAAAUAAAGCUAACGAACGUAUCUUUCGACGCAACUUUAUAUGCUAUGUGGUUCUGGCACUGAUCUGUCUGAUGAAUUACUUAAAUGGCUAUGCGAGGGCAGGAUUGUCCAAAAUUGCUGCGUUUGUCUAUAUAUUUGUCUAUCUGUAUAGCUUUCUGGUGAUGUGCCUGGUGCUAGCGUUUUUUGUGUGCUUGCAACAUAUUGUGGCAGCCGGCCUAGCAAAAUAUAACAUCCAGUUGGCGGAAAGUAACUCCGUCACAAAUCGUAGACAUUUGCUCUACCAAAGGUAUCGCCUACUGGACACGGUUGCUGUUGAGCUAUUUGCAUGCUUUGGACUCUUUAUGCUGCCGAUUGUACCACUCGUGUUGUUCUUGGCACCCUCUGGGCCUCUAUUUUUGAUUAGCACCGUGAUGGAUGGCAAGCUUGCGGGCUUUUUUCAAUAUGCCAUCUUUAUCUUCACCGCCAGCCUGUGGAAUGUUCCCUGGCUGGCUAUGAUGACAUUCAUAUUGCGCUCCAAUGUCAUCACAGUUGAAGCCAACAAAACAGCCAAAAUACUUUCAAAAAUACCUAGGACUGGCUCCGGUCUGGACAGAAUGGUCGAAAAGUUUUUGCUUAAAAACCUGCGUCAACAGCCCAUACUGACAGCCUAUGGUUUUUUCGCACUAGAUAAGAGUACACUAUUCAAGCUCUUUACAGCCAUAUUCACAUAUAUGGUGAUAUUGGUACAAUUCAAGGAAAUGGAGAACUCUACUAAAUCAUUGCAGGAAUCAUAAUUUAACUUUUCCGGCUUAUCAUUUGUCUUAUUGUUAUAAUCGUAUAAUCUAAAGAAUGGAGGAGGGUUUUC